CAAUAUUUUUGCCGGUUUCUCUUCUCCUCCCGAAAUCUUCCCCUUUCACUUGAUCCUCCUCGAUGCCGCCGAGGAGGCGGCGGCGAGCGCCCCCCACCGAACCGCAGCCGGAGGAGCCUCCAGGCGCCGACGCGUCGUUGGAGGAGCGGCUGGCAUGGGAAAGCCACCAAGAAAGUGAACGCCAGAUUACUGCCAUCGAAGCGGUCAAAGAAGCAGAGGCUGGGGACAUACGUUCUCAGUUGCAAUUGGUGCGGUCCUACUUAUCCAAGGAGCAGCUAGAGGCAAAUGCCUUGGAAUAUUUUCAGGAGAACUUGCCCAAUUUAUCAGUUGUCUCUAAUGAAAAAUAUGAUGUGCUUGAGCUGAAAUGGAAUGACGGUGACACAUGCAUAAAUGAAGAAUUUGUAGAUGACACGAUUCUGCAAGCUUCGAAUGCAUCAUUGCCAACUGCUGGUGGUCUUCAGUUCCCGGGAGUUUCAGUUGGAAAGGACUUGUAUGGGCGCACUAGCAGUUUCAGUGAUUUUGCUUGGAGUGAGCUACCUGAAGGCCAAAUGGCAGGAGCAGGAGAUGCUUUUCAGACACCUGGGGUUGUGAGUAACCAGCUGUCAUUUGGCAUGACACCAAAAACCGUAAGGUUACCCAAGAAUGGUGAGAUGCUCCUAUCUGUGCAUGGUUCACCUCUUGGGGUCUACAAAGAAGAAAAUUUAGAAGCUAUUAAGGAAUCUGGUAAUGGAACUGAAGACGCUCCCAGCUAAUGCAGGAUGUUACCAUCCCUCGAGGUUUUGACAAUAACCUAAAUGCUGCUAAUCAAGAGUUUGACAAUGUACUCUGUUAACUAAUCCUGUUGUGCUGCCAAUGGGUGGCUAGUUAAAUGGGCUACAGCUGACACUGACAACUCAAGUAUCGUGAAUCUCUCGGUCUUGAAUGUUUAUACAGGCAGGAAUUGAUGUGGGGUUCAAUCCUCUCUUCAGUUCCUUUCUUCUUUGAAUCUUUACGAAACAGGGGUGCCAACUCCUUUUAUGCGCAGAAGAUAAACUGGCUUAAUGUAUUUAGGUAACUCCGUAAAUUUGAUGAAUAAAAGUUUUAGGGUGCCGUCUUUAUUCA